AUGGCGCAUACGGUCAAUGCAAAUCCAGCAGACGAUGAAGAACUUGACAAUGAUCCUGGAGCAUAUAUUGUUGGGUUCGGUGAACACGCUGGUAAACGACUCGAUGACAUCCCUGCUGACUACAGGUUGUGGGCAACAGGAGCCGGAUGCCAACGCUUCCGCUGGUAUGCGGAUUUCAAAGAGGCCAAUGAUCGAUAUGAAGAACUCCAAACUCCUGAAGCCUACACCUUGUACCUUCGGAAAGCAUAA